AAAGGAGGGGCGGGGCGCUGCUCCUUGGGGCUCUGGCUCCUGUCUUCUCGUGCGGCCCCAGCGUCUCCACCUUCCUGGACUGCCGGAGGAGAGGCAGCCGCCCCGCCCCCGCCCCGCCCCGCCCACUCGCCCCGCCCCGCCGGAUUUCCUGUUUCUCCUCAGCGGUGGCUUUGGCAGCUGUGGCUGCGGCGGCCGUUAGUCCCGCUGGGGCGGCCCCGGCCUAGCACGCGCCCCAGCGGCCACAGCUUCGUCCGGACCUAGGCUCCGGUGUCUCCGGGAGGUCCCCCGGGCCUGGCCCCGGCCCCAUGGUGCACUUCCUGCACCCGGGGCUGCGGCCCCGCACCAUCGUCACCCCGAACGCCCUGGAGGACCCCCCAGGCUGCUACGUGGUCCAGGAGGAAGCAUCUCCCUAUUCCUUGGUUGACAUCUGCCUGAUUGUCUUGGCUACUGACUUGGAGAGAUUCUGUUCAGAAAGACAAGAUGGGACCUUGUGCCUGCAUGAACUGGGAAGUUUCCCCCAGGAAGUAGCUGAUCGACUGUUGCAGAUGAUGACAGUUCAUGGAAAGCUGAAUGAUCGAACUGUGGGCAUUUUCCAAGGCACCCAAAUGCAGCUGAAACAAGUGUGCAUCCGGAAGGCCAAUAUUUCCGCAGCUGCUUUCCAGAAAGCCUUUUGCCAUCACCGAAUCAUAGAGCUGGAUGCUACUGGGGUGGGUGUGACCCUCACCAUCCCAGACAUCUUAAAUAGCCUUGGCAGCAGCCCAUGGACCCGGCAGCACCUCCAAUGCCUCGUGCUGAACUCAGGAAAUCUGCUUCUCGAAGAGGCUGUGUUGCCACGUUUCAGUCAGUUAAUAGGCCUGCGUGUUUUAAGUGUUUCCAAUAUCCCCUUUCAGAACAGGGACCUGGCAGAUGUGGCUUUGUUGCCAAGGUUAGAAAGCCUGGACAUUUCUAACACCUCUGUCUCUGACCUCUCUGCUCUCCUGGCCUGCAAAGAUCGGCUCAAGUCCCUCACCAUGCACUACCUUAAGUGCCUGACAAUGCCAACACCACAGGUCUUGGAGAUCAUCAGAGAACUCAAAGGCCUGGUACAUCUGGACAUCUCAGAUGAUCAGCAGUUCACCUCGGACCUUGCCUUUCAUCUGCUGCAACAGACAGACAUCCUGCCCAAUAUUUUGUCGCUCGAUAUCUCAGGCGGUAAACAAAUCACCGAUGAAGCUGUUGAGGCCUUCAUCCGGCAGCGGCCAGCCAUGCAGUUUGUGGGCUUGUUGGCUACUGAUGCGGGCUACUCCGACUUCUUUACCUCCGACCCCAGCCUCAUGGUUGCUGGAGGGGCAAAUGUCAGUCAGAUUUCCGAAGCUCUGAGGAGAUACAGUGAAAGAGUGUGCUUUAUGAAAGAAGCCCUGAUCCGGCUCUUCACCCAGACAUUUUACAUGCAAAUAACCAAGCCAGCUGUUUUAAAGCUUGUGGCUGUAGGAAUGAGGAAUCACCCUCUGGAUUUGCCUGUACAGUUCACAGCCAGUGCAUGUACUCUCAAUUUAACCCGCCAGGGUCUGGCCUUGGGUAUGCCUGUUCGUUUGUUGUCAGAGGUCAUCCAUUUACUUCUCAAGGCCCUAAAAAAUUUCCCUAAUAACCAGCAGCUACAGAAGAAUUGUCUUCUUUCCUUGACCAAUGCCAGAAUUCUUCAAGAUGUCCCAUUUAACAGGUUUGAUGCUGCCAAGUUUGUUAUGAAAUGGCUCUGUAAGCAUGAAAACCCGAACAUGCAGACAAUGGCAGUGAGCGUCAUCUCCAUUCUAGCCCUCCAGCUCUCUCCUGAACAGACAGCACAGCUGAAGGCAGAACUUUUCAUUGUUGUCAGGGAACUUUUAGCAAUAGUAAAGCAGAAGACCUCUGAGAAUUUGGAAGAUAUUACCCUUACGUUUACCCUGAGAGCACUGUGGAACCUCACUGAUGAGUCCCCAGCCACCUGUAUGCACUUUGUUGAGAAUCAAGGGUUGGCCAUCUUUGUACAAGUAUUGGAGACUUUCCCAUCAGAAUCAACAAUACAAACCAGAGUUCUUGGCCUUUUGAACAAUGUUGCUGAAGUAAAAGAAUUGUCCUCCGAGCUUAUGAUGAGCAGCCUGAUGACCCAUGUGAGCCGGCUACUUCACAGUGUGGAGAUGGAAGUGAGCUACUUUGCAGCUGGAAUCAUUUCCCAUCUUAUCCCUCUGGGGGAGGAGGCGUGGACCCUGAGUGGCUUCCAGAGGAGCACUAUUUUAGAUGAUCUGUAUAUGACAGUGCUGAAGUGGCCCAGUCCAAGUUGUAAGAUGGUGGCACUGGUGACUUACAGGUCCUUCAAGUCGUUUUUCCCAUUACUUAGCAACUUCGCAGUUUUUGAGAUUCAGCUCUGGGCACUGUGGGCCAUGCAUCACGUCUGCAGCAAGAAUCCCACCAAAUACUGCCGGAUGCUCAUGGAAGAGGGUGGACUGCAGCUCUUGGAAGAUAUCCGAGACCAUGCCCAGGCAGAGCCCCAUGUACACCAGAUCGCUGUGUCCAUCCUUGUAGACUUUCACAUGCAUUUUAUGAGCUACAGGAAGUCCUCUGGAUCUAAAGUGCCUCUCCAGACAUAAGGAGGCGCCCAAGGAGCUCUCACCCUCUGCCUUCUCACCUGCCGGCCUUUGAUUGAAUGUCUAAUGGCUGCUGCUGCCUUUGACUUUGUGAGUUGUUCAGUUGAUCUUGAUCCAUCGAUUGUCCUGGGCUUACAAAGGUGGAGGUUACUUUGGCUUGGGCACAGCCAAAAAUCACCGGCAGAUGACUCCAUGGGCAGGGAAAGUGGUUCUGACUCUAGUGGCUGUUUGGGGGAAAGAGAGCCACGGGCUUUUGCUGUUGACAAACUCCUGAGCUGGAGCCAAAAUAAUAUUUAAAAUGUUUUUGUUUACUCUUGGCAAGGCCAUGGUGGAAAGUGCCUGUUAAAAGGCGGUUUGUUUCCAAUCCAUGUGGAGACUUGAGAAUUGUUCUCCAUCUUGGGCUUGUUUGCUUGGCUGUCAGGGGGUGGGGGAGCCCUAGGUGGCACUGAGCACUUGGGCAGGGACGCUGAGGGACCCCACAUUUCACCUCAAGAGCCUGGCUCCUAGGUCACUCCAGCACUGGUCCUGGAGUGCAGGGCCUUGGGGUAGUCACCUGAUAAAUGUGUCAUUUUAGAAAUAGAACCUUUAUUUGGCUUUCAUUUUUUUAAUAAAAGUUUUUUUAAAAAAUAAUAUAAUGUCGGUUUUGAAAAAUUUAGAAAGGCCAUCAAAGUCAACAAACUCCUUUCUUUUUAAGAUUUGAUGGUAUUUAAUUUGUAUUGCCUUUGCCCUCAACCUCAAAGGCUAUGUUGAGAGAAGGACUCUGGAGGGGAGUCUGGGUGAAAGGACUUUUGGCAACUUAGAUAUUUGGAUUGGGCCCACAGUUUUAGUGGAGUCUGAGCCCCAGCUCUAGUUCUCCUAACUGAAGCUCUAGGCAAGUCCCUUAAUCUCCCAGGGUCUUAGUUUUUUUAUUUGCAAAAUGGGAACAAUCCUCACAGUGCCUACCUCACAAGGUUCACUGGGUAAACCUCAAAGUCACAGAAACCGGAGCUGUCUUCAGUCCUGUCAUUAUCCACAGAGAUGGGAAAGAGAGCCUCUCAUGGUUUCCCAGGCCACCACUUACUAGGAAAAGCUGAGGUUUCCCCUUUUAGUUCAGUAGUGAGCUCUCUUGUACUACUCACUGGUCAGGAUUUAAGGCCAAAACCCCUUCUUUUGCCCUGGAGAGCAGAGGUGGGAACUCUACUCCCCCCCCCCCCCCCCCCCAGCCAACAAGCACCAGUUCUGCUGACCCUUCCCCUCAUAGACCCCAAUAGUCUCUUUGUGUAAACUGAGGUCUGUUUAAUAAUGGUAAUGAUGUUGACCCUGAGGUCCCUUCAGACUUGGUUCUGUGAACCACUGAAUUGUCCAUCUGGCUCAGCCACCAUUCCCCUUCCAGUCACCCAGCUGUGCAACUUGAUAAGCAUCUUCCUUCUCAUUCACCCAGUUAUCUGCCAGGUGACUUUCAUUCCUCUUCUUCAAGUCUCUUCAUCCUGUCCUUUUUAUGACCCCAGCCACCAUUUUGGAAGGCAGUUUGGAAUUAUGAAAUAAAAGCAACUAAAUUGUCCAUAACCUUUGACCCAGAGAUUCCAUUACUAGAUUUCCCAAUCAAGUAGGUUCUUGCAAAGUCCCCCAAAUUUUUUUGUGACAUCAAAGGACUGGAAACAAAAAUUGUUUUCCUAUUUUCCAUUGGGGAAACUCGGAACAGGUUUGGUAACUUGCUCAGGGUCACCCAGCUAGUAACAGGCUGGAUUUGAACCUAGCUGGCUGUCCAUUUUACUGUGGCUUGAGAAAUGUCAAAUGUGCUGAUAUAGAGAAGUGUGGACAGAUCUACAGAACUGAUGCAGUUUAAAGCCCCCAACUAUAUAGGGACUACAGUGUAAAUAGGAAGAGCAAAUACAAUCAAAAGGGAAUGUUAAAAAAUCACAAAGAAAAGGACAUCAGGAGACACUUCUACCUCAUCCCUUGCAGAAGUGGGAGGGAGGCCCACACAUGGGGCAUAUGGCAUGCAUUCUCAUAUUUAGUUGAUGCAGUGAUCUUAUUCUUUUGCUCUUUUUUUGUCUUAAAAAGUACUAUUGUGGGAUGGCUCCCUAAGAGGAAAAGGGGAAGGAUACUGAGGGUGGGGAACAAUUAUGAUAUUUAAAAAAGACCUAAUUUUAAAAAAGAUUCCUACAGAAUAAAUGGGGAGUAAUCUCUGAGGGAAAGUCCUAGAGGGUUUAGAGGAGAGCCCGGGGAAAUGGAAAAGACCUGCAGGAGAGAGUAUUCGAACUGAAUCUUGAAGGCAGACAGGAGAUAGGGUAAGGAAGAAAGUUUCCCAGGGGUGUGGGAAAUCAGGGAGAAAGCCCAAAGGAUGGCAAAUAAGAGUGAUGGGUUUGAGGCACUCCAUCACCAGAUUGUAGAGUCCAUGGAGGGAAGAAAGUGUCUGAAGACUGCUAAGUAGGAAGGGGCCAGGUUGCACAGGGCUUUAAAAGCCAAACAGGACUUCAUUUUGAUCCUGGAGAGAGUAAGUAACCACUGCAGGUGAUGAGGGUUGGCAUACUUGGCUGUAUUUCAGGAUGACCAUUUUGGCAGCUGAGUAGAACAUGGAUUGGAGCAGGGAGAGAUUCAAAGUGGGCAGACCCUCCCCAGCAGUUACUGCAGUAAUCAGAUAGGAGGUGAUGAGGGCCAGCACCAAAGUGGGGGCUAGUGGCAGAGGAGAGAAGCCUUUCUAUUGGUAACCAUCUCUAAUGUUAGCUGUUAUUAUUUUGGACAUGGUUUUAAUAUUUCCAGUUUAAGAUUUAAUAGAUAAUAGGUGAUGUGAGGCUGAGAGGAGACUCUGGUUAGGCUUAACAAAUAGGACAGAGAAUCCUGAGCAGAUUACAAGGAAGAUAAUGUGGUUGGCAUAGAAAAUGUGGCCUGGGAUGGAAUUUUGGGAGACACUCACAUGGUGUGACCUAGUUGAAGAUCCAGCCAAGAAGACUAAUAAAAAGAGGUUAGACUGGUAGAACUAGGAGAGAAUCCAAGAAGAGUGAUCCACUCUGUCAAAGGCUGCAGAAGGGUCUAAGUGGAUGGGCUGGGAAGAAGCCUGGCAAUUUGACUCCUGCUAGCUGCUGAUGCCAGGUUUCCCCAGGAAUGAUCUGCUAACCAAGAAAUAGCAAGAUUUAAUUUGUUGGGGGCAAUUGACUAGACAUCAGUCUAUAUUCAAAAUGGAUCUCACCCAGGAGGAAGAUGGGAAACAUUUCUAUUUCUAUUUUAUCCUUGAGAAAUAAUCCAAAGCUGUUUGUUUUCCCUUCCAUUACCAAUGACAAUUUCAUUGCCAAAUCUAAUACUUAUCUCUUGGAGCUCUCUGUGCAAUCUUUGAUUUCUUUCUCAUCCUGGAUAUUGUCCUCUCCUUCCUGGAGGUCAUGCCCCUCAUCUUGGGUGUCUCCCAAGAGGUCCAUGGCCUUCCUCUGCUAGUCUUAUAUUAUCUCAGUCAGUGACCUCAUCAGCUCUCCUGCAUUGACUAUGUGGAUAUUAAAUUUAACUCUACAAUGAAAUUAAUUAACUCUCCCCUGACUAUGAAGAUUAAAUUGUAACCCGUGCCUAUUUUUAGAUUUAAUCACCAAAGGUGUAAACACCCCAUUUCCACAUUAAGUGGGAAGUCUGUGACCCAUGUGUGAAAUAGUGGGUGACGAAUCAAAAUCAACUGACUGCCCCACAGCAGUCCUAAAAGCAAAAGUGUAAACUGUGAUUGGUAGAUGUAAAAGGGAGGUGGGGGUGGGGCAAAAGUAAAUUACUUAGUGCUUAGGCUAGAUAUCUUACCUUAUCCCCUCUCUCUGAUUUCCUUCAUUCUUCUCUAUGUUUUGUAAAUAAAUUGUAAAAUAAAUCUCUUUUGGAAUUAAA